CCGACGACCCCCUAUUUAUUACAACUUAAAGAUCUGCGUACUGUACUGAUAUACACACCUCGAACUCUUGAUUAACAACAACCAUGACCGAUCAGGAUUCAUCUUUACUUGAAGUCUCUAUGGAUAGUAAUACGAACUAUGCUAAGUGUAACAAUCAUGUUACCGGCAAUAAAGGCGGCGAAUGGACGGACCUCCGCCGUUGGCGACUUCAUGCCGAAAAAGGUCGGCAUACGUGGAAAUAUAUUGACAACCCCGAAGAAUUGUCAAAAAGUCCACACCAGACAUUCCGAGAAAGAUAUUGGCUAGGUCUCGAAAAUGGAGGAAUUCCAGAGCUCCAGCACCUUGGUCAACAUUCGGAUAAGCCCCAAAGCGAGCAGUUGCCGGAGGUGCUGAGGAAAGGGUCCAAUUUCCUAAGAGAGCUACAAAUGGAAGAUGGGAGUUGGGGUUCAAACUGUGAUGGACCUGUGUUUGUAACUCCUGGCAUCGUCUUUGCAUGUUACAUCGUGGGGGUCCCCAUCCCGCUGCCUUUUAGACAAGAGCUGUGCCGAUAUCUCGUCAACACCUGUAACGAUGAUGGUGGCUGGGGUCUUUACAUCACAGGUCCCUCAACCGUGAUAGGUACUGCCUUGAACUACGUGAUGUUACGUGUUCUGGGUUUGGAAACAUCCCAUCCUACCUGCAAAAAGGCAUGCGAUUUAUUGGCCUCGAUGGGCGGCGUGCUUGGCAUACCGAGUUGGGGUCGCUUCUUCCUCUGCAUCAUGAACCUAUACAACUGGGACGGCAUUCUUCCUUUCCCGUCGGAGCUAACUCUCACUCCACGCUGGUUCCAAGGCAACCCUGCCAAUUGGUGGAUGCCGAUUCGCAAUCUUUUUAUGGGUAUGUCCUACCUAUACGGACACCGGUUUCAAGCACCCGAAGAUGACCUGAUUAAGGCCAUCCGCAACGAACUAUAUCCACAGCAGGCAUAUAGCGAUAUAAAAGACUGGACAGCUUUGAGGUCCUAUGUCAAUGAUAUUGACCUACUGAAGCCUAAGUCGUUGCUUCAAUCUGCUAUGGUCUCGUCCAUGGGCCACUGGGAGCAGUUCACGAAAUUACCACUCAUCAGGACGCUGCGACGGCGAGGCCUAGAAGAGGUGUUGUUUCAAGUUCAAGCUGAUGUUCAUACUACUGAGUAUUGCAGUUAUUCGCCUGGUUACUGGCCAGUUGACAUCGUUGUACUUCAGCACGCUUACGGGCGCGACAGCCAAUGGGUCCAAUGUAUGGCGCCGCACUUCGCAGAUGGCCUAUGGAUGUGUCGGGAAGGGCUAGCAGCAUCAGGUACCGAUGGAAAUGCCGUGUGGGAGACAUCGUUUACCAUGCAAGCAAUCUGUUCUGUUAUCCAAGUAACGAAUGGCGGUAAUGCCACCCCCGCUGAGCUGGAUGCCAUAGACGCAGGCCUUGAAUUUCUAGUAGACUCGCAACUCCUUCACGACCCCAUCGAGAUGCAUCGUACUAAUCGCCAUCCAACUAAGGGUGGGUGGCCGUACAGUACCAAGAUGCAAGGAUACUUUGCUUCAGAUGCAACAGCGGAAACCGUACUGGCAAUCCUUCAGAGCUACAAGAUCUCCUCUGUAUCUCCGAAGAUUCCAGUUGAACGUCUCCAGCUCGCCGUAGACUCACUUAUAGGUAUGGAGAGUUGUGGUUCCGGUUUCGGAGCCUAUGAGAACGUCCGUGGCUCGGAGCUGCUCGAGCUUUGCAAUAUUACCGAUGCCUUCGAAAACAUUAUGACCGAGCACCGGUAUGCAGAGACCACGGCAUCCGUUAUGAAGGCGCUAUCAGAGUUUACCGCUGAGCAUCCCGGAUACCGCCGAGACGACAUCGACCGGUGUCUUAAGGGGGGCGCCGUCUUCUUACUACAAUCCCAGUUUGAGCAUGGAGGAUGGAUCGGAACGUGGGGUAUUUGUUUCUCGUUUGCGACGAUGUGGGCUUUGCAAGGCCUUGCCUGCGUAGGCCAUACUGAACAGAACUCCCCAGCUGUGGCUAAGGCGUGCGCGUUCCUUUUAAGACACCAAAAUUCAGAGGAUGGCGGUUGGGGUGAGGCCCUCGAGAGUUACAUGGCGAGGGAUUAUGUCCAUGAGCCAAAGGGCAGUCAAGUGCCAAACACAGCGUACGCUGUCAUCGGACUCCUUGCGGCUCGGUGCACCAACCGAACAGCCAUUGAGCGUGGUGUUAAUUAUCUAAUUAAGACCCAGCAGAAGGAGGGCGAUUGGUUACCUGGCACCCCCGAGGCGAUUUGCGCUCCGCCCUGUGGUUAUCGGUAUCCUUUGUACAAGUUCCAUUUCUCACUCAAAGCCAUUGCAGGUUAUAUCAAGCGAUACGGGAACAAGCCGCUGUCUUCAAGCAAGGUCCGACUAGAAAAACUUGAUUAGGGUAAUAUAAAGACAUGGAAAUGUACGUAAGGCGGAGGAAUACAUUUUACCUCUACUGGGUGAAAUAGGUAUGUAAGUUGGGUUCAUGUAUGGCGAC